UCAUUUCCCUUAAAUAUUUUUUGUGUGUGUAUAAACAUGGAUUUGUAGAGUUUGAUAUUAGAGUCAAAGCUAUAGAGAUAUUUUGGAACACCUACCACGAGUCAAAAACAUUAUUGAAGUAAUGUAGAAAAAACUACAUUUAUUGUUGUUGAGAAAACUAAGUUAGUACUAGAAUGGAAGCCAAUAAUGUGGUGAGUUUUAACAUUGGGUAAAAGAAAAAAUAAUGUGGCGAAUUUUAACCCAAUAUAUUGGUUAAGUUAGAAGACACCCGAAUCAUCUCAUUAAAACGUUUUUCAAUAAAAAAAAUCCUUAAAUUUUAACUUCUUAUAUUAUUUAUUUACACGCGUCUCCGCACAAGUCGAAAAUGAAGGGAAACUAAAUAUAAAGGGGAGAGAUUCUAAAUUUUAAUGUACAAAGAUUUUAUGACACUGCCAAAUAGAAACAAAAAUGGCAACUAUGUUUGAUAUUAUUAUCUUUCUAUAUUAUAAUAUCCUCCGAAGAUUAUUCUCUUCCCUACAAUCUCUCUCACCAAUCUCUCACAAAUAUUCAUUUUCUCUAACCUCCCUCCAAAAAUUGUCUCAACCAGCUAGCACAGGUAAAAAAACAGAACAACAAUUAUGGCUCCAACUCUUCCUCCCCUUUUUGCUGCUUGAGACAACCUUAAUUUCCCCAACUAUAACAUAACAAGAAGACAGGAUGGCCUUUGGAAAAUCAUCACUCCAUGGCCUCCUGUCUUUCCUUCUUCUCUUCUCCCUUUCCCUCCUUCAUCAUCAUCAUGUUGUCGCUGCAGGUACCGUCACAACAACCUCUAUCCGCCUCGACGUUGUACGAAAGCCUGCCCCUGAUGCCCCUAUAUUUAGAGAAGCGCCUGCUUUUCGCAACGGCGUAACGUGCAACAAAGAAAGCAUUCACAUUUCCAUGACAUUGGACUCAAAUUAUCUCAGAGGAACCAUGGCUGCUGUUCUCUCCAUUUUGCAACAUUCAACUUGUCCUGAAAAUGUUGAGUUUCAUUUCCUUUGGGCAAGGUUUGAGCCUCAGGUUUUUCUAAGCAUAAGAUCAACCUUCCCUUAUCUCAAAUUCAAGAUUUACCGCUUUGAAUCCAAUAGGGUACGCGGAAAAAUCUCGAAAUCCAUUCGUCAAGCAUUGGAUCAGCCUCUUAACUAUGCAAGAAUCUACCUUUCUGAUAUUCUCCCUCUUUAUGUCAAACGAGUUAUAUACCUUGAUUCUGAUAUUGUUGUUGUUGAUGACAUUGCAAAGCUAUGGGAUGUUGACUUGCAGGGCAAGGUAUUGGCUGCACCAGAAUAUUGCCAAGCAAAUUUCUCAGUGUAUUUUACUAAUUUAUUCUGGAAUGAUCCCGUAUUAUCUCGUACGUUCGAGGGUCGGAAACCGUGUUAUUUUAACACGGGGGUGAUGGUUAUGGAUGUGGAAAAAUGGAGAGAAGGAAAGUAUACACAGAAGGUGGAACAUUGGAUGACAAUACAAAAACAAAAGAGAAUAUAUCAUUUAGGAUCAUUGCCACCUUUUCUUUUGGUUUUGGCUGGGGAUUUGAAGAGUGUGGAUCAUAGAUGGAAUCAACAUGGACUUGGAGGUGAUAAUCUUUUAGGGAAAUGUAGGAGUUUACAUCCUGGUCCUAUUAGUUUGCUUCAUUGGAGUGGUAAAGGAAAACCUUGGUUGAGAUUGGAUUCAAGAAGACCUUGUUCUGUUGAUCAUCUAUGGGCACCUUAUGAUCUUUAUCGUCCUAAUACUCAUUCUUUGGAAGAAUGAGUUUUAUUCACAAAGACAAUGGAGGUGGAGGGUGGAGGGGAGGGGAGGAAAGAAAAAACAAUUUCAAUUAAAUCACACAAUUAUUUAUAAAUAAAAUGGGAAAGAAUUAGGGGAGGAAGAAAUUUAAUAAAAGAGUUUGGUGUUGAAGAAAACUAGAAAAGAGAAGACAUGGAAUAAUAUACAAAAGCUUUUGUUCAAGGGACUUAUCUACUACUACUCAAGAAGCCAAGGGAAAGAUAUAUAUAUAUAUAUUACUAUGGAGAAGUGUUGGUUAUGUCUUUAAUAUUUUUUUUCUUUUGUUUUUCUGGGUUUUGGAAUGGGUGCAUAAAGAAAAUUUCUUGGGCACUGGUUGUGUGGAUGAUGGUAUCAUUUGCAUCAGUGACUGGUUGACAGAUUGAUGAACCUCGUCCAAAAUUAAGUGUCCCUGAAAAUAUAUCUAUGAAUUUUAAUAUUUUUUAUUAUCUUGAUAGAUUUUUUUUGUACAAUUUUGUGUCCAGCUCAAUGCUAGACCAAGAAAAUUUUGCCGAUUCAAGUUCUGUUUUUGACUGAAUAUUGUGCAUGUAAUUUAUAUAGUCAUGAUCUAUAAAAUUGAUUCCAAAUAA